CACGUCGUUCACGUUGGAGCGAACUCAUCGUUCGCUUUCCAGCCCUCCGCAGUUGCAGCGGAGGUCGGGGAUACAGUAAAGUUCAUCUUCCGUGCUUUUAAUCACACACUCCGGGAAAGCAGUCUGGAGAGCCCUUGUACCCCUUUAGAGGAGGGGUUCAACUCUGGGUUUAAUCAGUAUAAUCCCACUGACGCAAGAGGGUUGGCUGUCUCAUUCUCUGUCAACUCGCCUGGCCCCCGCUACUUCUAUUGCGAACAGAUGUUACCAAUUUCUCAUUGCGAGGUUGGUAUGGUGUUUGCAUUAAACUCC